AAUAAUAGCAUUUGUCACAUGCUUUAAAUUACAUGAUUUAAGUUUGUCAAAUAUGUGUUUUGCUUCCUCAUGGUGUUGUUCUUCACAAGCUUUUGUCAAGGAUAUCGAACCGGGAAUUGGUGUGUCACACAGUGGAAUGCAACAGAUGAGGUAUUAACAGCCUAUCUAGCUAAAAAAUGUAAAAAACGGUCGCUUUGUACAAACAUUCGACCUGGAAAACCUUGCUAUGAGCCUAAUAUACCUCACGCUCAUGCUUCCUAUAUUCUUAACCUUUUGUUUAAGUUACGUCGUGAUCCAUGUUGGGAUGAUAUCGGCAUGAUAACCCAUAAUAAUCCAUGUACAGAUGAAGCUUCUCAGCAAGAGAGUUCCUUCGAUUAGAGGAUGCAAAGUAUUUUAAUUUGUAUUAAUUAAGAUAGUUAUAAUUAUGAAGCAUCAUUGAAUAAAGAAAUGAUUGUUUCUUAGAUCGUCUAUUAAUCAUUUUAGCAAAUGUGUAGUAGAUGAUCCUUUAUUUAAGUUUAUGAAAAUAUUUAAGAUAUUA